AUGCUUCUUUGGAGGGUACGGUUGGCCGCUAGGGGGCUCAGAGUGCCCAGUAGGGCUCUUCUGAGUCCGCAGUGCAAAGUUGGCAUAUCCGCCGGGAACUAUGCGUCUUUUAGAAGAUUCAAGAGUUCGAAGGGUGGCGCUGGAGAUAAGGAUAUGAAGAAGGAGAAGGCGAAGGAGGAAGAAGAUGGGGAGUCGAAGGAUGAGGACGAAGCGGCCAAGAGCAGGAAAAAUGAGGUUUCUUUGAAGGCUCCAGAGCAGAAGCAGUCAGAAGCCCAGAGUAAUGGUAAGAACGGUAGCAACGGCAGCAGCAACAAUAACGGUGCCAAUAGCAGCGGCAAGUCGUUACCAGAGAUAUACCCACAGAUGCUGGCAUUGCCGAUCUCAAGGAGACCGUUGUUCCCAGGAUUCUAUAAGGCCGUGGUCAUCUCGGAUCCGAGGGUUAUGGCUGCUAUAAAGGAGAUGCUAGACAGGCAGCAGCCGUACGUCGGGGCCUUCAUGUUGAGGGAUUCGUCAACAGAUACAGAUGUUAUUUCCAACAGAGGAGAUGUUCACGAGGUUGGGGUGUUGGCACAGAUCACAAGUGCCUUCCCCAGCAAAGAUGAGAAGACCGGUCAUGAAACGAUGACCGCCCUACUGUACCCUCACAAGAGGAUCAAGAUAGACCAGUUGGUACCUCCGAGCAAAGAAAAUGUAAAACCCAAAACGAAAAGCAAGUUGGAAAACAUUGUGGUCGAGAAAGUAUCAGACUUGCCACAAGAUCAGGAGACUACCGAGCCAUCGUCAACUCCACCGCCAUCGACAGUGGCAACUACGAAACCGGAAUCUGAAAGUUCUGUAGAAGUCUCAGAGGCUGGUGACUUGUCAGGGCCCACCGAUUUCCUUAAGGAUUAUAACGUAUCCCUCGUCAAUGUCUCUGAUUUGCAAGAUGAGCUCUUCGAUCGUAAAUCACCCGUGAUUAAUGCAUUGACGUCUGAGAUUCUGAAAGUGUUCAAAGAGAUCUCGCAAUUGAACACCAUGUUUAGGGAACAGAUUGCCACAUUUUCCGCCUCGAUUCAAUCGGCGACCACCAACAUAUUCGAAGAGCCGGCUAGGUUAGCCGAUUUUGCCGCCGCUGUGUCAGCUGGCGAAGAGGAGGAGUUGCAAGAUAUAUUGGGGUCCUUGAACAUUGAACAAAGAUUGGAAAAGGCACUUUUAGUUCUGAAAAAGGAACUGAUGAACGCAAAACUGCAAAAUAAAAUCUCAAAGGAUGUCGAGACCAAAAUACAGAAAAGACAAAGAGAGUACUACCUCAUGGAACAACUGAAGGGAAUUAAGAGGGAGCUGGGAAUUGAUGACAGUAGGGAUAAGCUUAUCGAGACUUAUAGAAACCGUAUUGAGAAAUUGCAACUACCUGAAUCCGUGCAAAAAAUCUUCGACGAUGAGGUUAUGAAGUUGUCUACUUUGGAGACCUCGAUGUCUGAAUUUGGAGUCAUAAGAAACUAUCUAGAUUGGCUGACGACGUUGCCUUGGGGUAUUAUCUCCAAAGAGCAGUACUCUAUCAAGGGCGCCCAAACAAUUUUGGACGAGGAUCACUACGGGAUGAAGGAUGUCAAGACAAGAAUUCUUGAAUUUAUCGCAGUCGGUAAACUUUUGGGAAAAGUUGAUGGGAAAAUUCUUUGCUUUGUAGGCCCACCAGGUGUUGGUAAGACCUCUAUCGGUAAAUCUAUUGCCAGAGCUUUGCAUCGGCAAUUCUUUAGGUUUUCAGUUGGUGGGAUGACGGAUGUCGCUGAGAUUAAGGGUCACAGGAGAACGUAUAUCGGUGCGUUGCCCGGUAGAAUCAUUCAGGCCUUGAAGAAAUGUCAAACAGAAAACCCAUUAAUUUUGAUCGAUGAGAUUGACAAGAUAGGGCACGGCGGGAUGCACGGUGACCCAUCUGCUGCAUUGUUGGAAGUUUUGGACCCUGAACAGAACAACAACUUCUUGGAUAAUUAUUUGGACAUACCAAUCGACUUAUCGAAGGUGCUCUUUGUUUGUACGGCGAACAGUCUGGACACGAUUCCAAGACCAUUGCUGGAUCGUAUGGAGGUCAUUGAAUUGACAGGGUACGUUGCUGAAGAGAAGGUCCAAAUUGCGGAGAAGUAUCUUGCGCCCCAGGCAAAGAAGUCUGCAGGGUUAUCGAAUGCAAACGUUGAUUUAACCGAGGAAGCAGUCAUUGCCCUGAUGAAAAGCUACUGUAGGGAAAGUGGUGUGAGAAACUUGAAAAAGCACAUUGAGAAGAUUUAUCGUAAGGCCGCUCUGAAUGUUUUGAAAGAGCUGAACUUGAAGGAAGGUGCCGGGGAUGGGGCAGAGACAACCAAAAAAUCUGGUGACGAGACAGAGACAGCUGCCGCUACGACUACCACUAGUACGAUCAACGAGAAUGAUAAUAUUCAAGUGGAGAAGAACAAGGAGAGUGUUGAGUCGAUGCGAGUACCCGCCGAGAUCAAAGUUGUCAUUGAUCGAUCAAACCUGAAGGAUUACGUAGGACCACCAGUGUACACCACGGACAGAUUGUACGAGGAGACGCCACCUGGUGUCGUGAUGGGUCUUGCCUGGACGAGCAUGGGUGGUUGUUCGCUGUACGUCGAGUCUGUCCUUGAGCAACCUUUGCACAACUGUAAGCAUGCGACACUAGAGAGAACUGGCCAGUUGGGCGACGUCAUGAAGGAAUCGUCGAGGUUGGCGUAUUCGUUCACGAAAAUGUUCCUCGCACAAAGGUUCCCCGAAAACAGAUUUUUCGAAAAGGCUUCAAUCCACUUGCACUGUCCCGUGGGCGCCAUUCCGAAGGAUGGUCCCUCCGCUGGUGUCACGAUGGCCACUUCAUUUAUGUCAUUGUCGUUGAACCGGUCCGUGGACCCGACGGUCGCGAUGACCGGUGAACUGACACUUACUGGGAAAGUGCUCCGCAUUGGCGGGCUCAGAGAGAAGGCCGUCGCCGCGAAGAGGUCCGGCGCGAAGACUAUCAUUUUCCCACGGGACAACCUGAACGACUGGGAGGAGCUUCCCGAGAACGUCAAAGAGGGGCUGGAACCCGUCGCAGCGGACUGGUACAGCGACGUGUUCGAGAGGCUCUUCUCCGGUGUCUCCCAGAAGGACGGCAACGCCGUCUGGGACAAAGAGUUUGCCCUGAUCGACGAAGCCAAGAAGCACCACGACGAGGACAGCUAG